AUGGUUGCAAUCGCGCAGACAGACGCGUACGACGGGAUACUUGCCGAUGAUGACACGGAUCAUCUGCAAUUUUCUUCAUCCGCUCCCGAAAUGCGUUCAGUGCGAAACUGCAUUCAUUCGCUCUUUGUUGGCACAGAUGAAGGAGCAGGGGAAGAACGGGACUUCCUCAAGGCGUAUCUGGAAAACCCAGAAAACGUUGACUCGCCCGAAUGGCACGAGUUUGUGUUAAACGCAGACCGGGCGAGGAAAGCAGCGCUGCGACUGGUAUUGAAAAAUGCGAACAAAGGAGGAGAAGAAAUUUUGGAAAACAGUUGUAGCGACUGUGCGAGCGUUGCAGAAGAUGCGCAGUCAACGGGGGAGAUUUUGGACGACGUGGUCCGGUGCUUGUUUGCGCUGGAAGCGUGGAAGGAUGACGUUUUACCAGUAUUGUCGGCUCGCAUAGAGCGAGAAAGGAAAGAAAUGAUGACGCAAUAUCUAGCGAAAUCAAAGCUGUUGUUGCACGUCGGGCAGCUCCAAAGCUCUAUUCUUGGCGUGUUAGAGAUAGCCCUGUUCGAUAAUGCGUGUUCGGUAGGUAAAAGUCUCAACGAAUCCAACCUGCUCGAUUUGGUGGAUUAUUGCGUGGAACGAUUAGAGGCUUUGAAUAAUGUGAGUGAUCCAACAGAGAAAAGCACUCUAUCGGAGAAUUCAGACGAAAACGAUGAAUACUUGUGUCGAACAAUGUCGUGCUUAUCGAUUUUGCGGAGCAUAUGCGACAGCGUCUCGGAAUUGCCGCUCUCGGUCGUCGCGCGAUUAAUAUCGAAGCAUAAAAUACACUCACAUUUGCUUCCUGCGCUUUUGUCGAAAGUACCGUGGUUUCGAAAAGAAGAACAAAAAGUACUCAACGACGGUCGAUGGAUCAGUGCAAAAUCUCUAGUGAAGAUGCCGAAACCAGAAGCGCAAGUUUGGUUGUGUCUGCGAGCACUUUUAGCCGAGCCGGUGUGUUCCGGAAGACACGACUAUCACGAUUCAACGUUUGAACGUAGCUUAAUUGACUUGAAAUCGAAGUUACUGGGAUCGAACGGGAAUAGUCGAUUAAUCGAUCAAAUUCCUCAAUUAGGUGGCGAUGGACUCCAGCGCGCCAUCUUAUAUCAUUUGCACGAGAUUCAAAGAAACAAGCGCGCGGACGUAGAAACAACUUUGUUUGAUGCGCACGUUUUGACCAGAAAUAUGAACGCGAUGAAAAAAGGCGAGGAGACGUGCGCAUCAGAAAAUUCAAAGCACGGAAAAGAAACACAGAAAAGAAGCGCAUUCACUUUGAUUCAACCUAUUCAGUCGACAAGUUUUCGACAAACCGUUCAUGAGAAAGCUAAAGAGGACGCAACGCGUUGGGUGGAUGCUUUUGUCUCGAGGCAUUCAGAAAAUUUCGACGUCUACUCCGCCCGAGUGCGCCAGGAGGUUCUGAAUAUGUUCGAUGAAGAGUACGAUGUUCUCGACAAUAUCAAAAGCAUUGCGACAAAUACCAACGAUAAUCUUUCAGAACCGCAGACAUCGUCUGCACACACCGUUCGCGUCCAAUUUCUGCACAACGAUAACGAAGAAGAACGUAUGGUACAACAAGAGUUACUGUACGCGUUUGAUGCCCGGGACGCAGAUUGCCUUCUUCCAGAUGCAGACGUUGUGCUCUCGCAGAAGAAAGAUGCGGGUAAAAGUAUCGACGGCACAACGGGAUACGUUCGAGGCGAACGAUUUAAGUGCGCAUAUGUUGGUGAAGAAGACCGAGGAAAAGAAACUCUCCCCGACGACGACGCGCAAUCGAAACAACGUCGUCUGUGCUCGCGCUCCUCUUCUCGAUGGUUCUCAAACCCUCGCUACGUUCGCGUCUCUGUGGAAAGGAACGACGACGGCAACGAUGCUGUUACCACUUCAACCACUACAUUGAAAACAGUUCUUCCACUUAAAGUAACCGACCUUUCCCGAGCGCUCGACGAGAGCGAUAGAAAUGAUACGAAAGGAGGAGGCUCCUUGUGGAUCGCUUGCGGCUCGCUGCGCGCGGAUACGUUCUGCGUGCAGAUGCGUUUAAAAUGUAGAAGACCGGGUGCUCGACGCGUUUUGUGUGGUGGUGACUCUCACCCACAGUCUUUCUCGUACGAUGAUGACAACUGCGACGACGGAGAAAGGAAUGCGUUCUUCUCGUACGACAUAAGCGUCGCUCGAGUCGUGUGUUGUUUGAUGAAAAAGUAA